UUGGGUUUUGGUAGUUUUAUUUGAUUUAAAUAUUGUGCAUACCUAUCAUCGUGGUAAUGUCAUUCAAGUGGCAAGAUAAACACAUGGAACUAUUUCUAGAAACUUACCAGCGGUAUGAGUGCUUGUGGAAUAAUAAAUGCAGUGAUUACAGCAAAACUAACCUACGGGAAAAAGCGUACUCCUCAAUGCUGGCCGAUUUAAAUUUGCCUGGAUUAACUGUACUCGACAUCAAGGCAAAAAUAAAAACUAUUAGAACACGUUAUGGGGCAGAACUUUGCAAGAUAAAAAAUUCAGAAAGAAGUGGAGCUAGUGCUGAUGACGUUUAUGAGCCCCGACUAUUCUGGUUUAAACUUGCAGACGUGUUUCUACGCAACAUAUGCACUCCAAAAGCCAGUUCUUCAAACUUGAAGGAGUUAGAAUCGACGAUAAAGGGCAUUUCUGGAAAAGCAACCGAUGAUAGCCAACAUUUGGGACAACAUGAACAGGAAACUGAGCAAACAGCACACAUUCAGGACACUGAGGCAACAUCUCCAAAUAUGAUUGCAACGUCUUCGGCGGAAAUUAGGAAUACUCCAAAAAACACAAAGGGGAGUAAACGUUCCCUCAGUACUACCGUUUCAGGGGUUCAGGACGCAAUAAAACAAUUGAAGACACUAUCGGAAGAAAAUAAGCAGGAUCUGAACGAAUUCGACGUGUUUUGUGAAAGCCUUGCUAUACAGUUGAAAAAAAUGCCCUUAGAUAGGGCUCUUAUCUGUCAAGGACAGCUACAGAAAGUGAUGACACAAGAACGACUCUUCCAACUCACAUCACAUCCUCAGUCUCACUCAUCCAUGUCGUCCAGGUCACCUGCUGAUUAUCAACAGUCGAUAGCAACUUCAGGCCGGUACUCUGCGAUGUCAUCAACGCAAAGCAGCACACAUUCACGGCAGUCACAAAACGAUUACUACCAAUCUACCGAAAAAGAUGACGAUUAUGAAAACAGUGAUGUUUUGUCCGAUGCCAUUUCUUCAGCGGGAAUAAUAGUUGAUGAUUUAAUGGAUUUAUAAUAAAUUAUCUUACGUUAUUUUAUAGAAAUAAAAAAUAUUUUCAAAAUUACUUGAAACUUUGUAUACUAUAAACUUUUUAUUCUACCGGCAGACAGCUUUUGCUAUUGCUGGUAUUAAAUACUUUUUCUCCUACUGUUUUAAAGUUCAAUUAUUGUUUUUUUUUUUUAAGUAAUGUUCUUCUUUUUCUUUUUUUGUACCCCAUCUAUUUCUUAUGUAAAUAAAGUAUGUGUUUCAUUCAUUCAUUCAACUUUUUAUUCUGUUAACCUAUGAAUUAAUUAAACUACAAGAUAUUAA